UAUACUUAUUCUUCAUUCAAAUGGCAGACUCAUCAAUCCCUCCUUGUCCUCCACAUGCUUUAGCGCAAACACAAGAAGACCUAAAGUACUUAUAUGCAUCAAAUACUAAUGUUUCUAACUUUGUCUCUGUGAAGCUUUCCAGUGAUCGCAAUUAUCAUCUUUGGGAGACACAGAUGUUUUGCCUCCUGGAGACUUACAAUCUGCAUGGCAUUGUAGACGCCACAUUUAUCCAUCCAAGAACUUUGAACCCGGAGAUCGAGAAACAAUAUAACAGUCUUGUCAAAGGUUGGAUCUUUGGUUCAAUCAGUGAAGAGCUACUUGGCACUGUUGUCGAUCUUGGUUCAGCAAAAGAGGUUUGGGAGAAGCUGAAAUCGUUCUAUGAUCCAGUUUUGAUAAUUUCUCAUCAAGCUAAAGACAUAGAUAGAGUUCCAACAGAAAGAGAAACAGGAGAAGCAGAUAUUGUUUCAGCAGAAACAGAAGCUCAAAACAAAGAUAGGGUUCCAACAGAAACAACAAAAGAUAUAGAUAUGGAUUCACUAGAAACAGAAACAGACGACAAAGACAAUGUUCCAAUUGAGACAAAAAUAGAAGAAAAAGAAACACUUCGAACAGAAACAAAACCUCAAGACGACAUAAUUUUAACAGAUAUACAAAUAAAAGUUGAAGACUCAAAAACCGAAGGCAAAAACAAGAUCACACGCAACAAGGAGUUGCUUAAGGCUAUUGUGCAAGGGAGAUGGUGGGAAGUAGAAUCAACACUAAAAGAAGAUAAAGCCGCAGCCACAGAGGCAAUAAACAGUGAUGGCAACACCGUGCUUCAUAUAGCCGUUGGAAUAGGUCGUAAUUUUCUCGUCAGUGAAAUAUUAUCUUUAAUCAAACACGGAAAAUUACUUAAAAUGAUAAAUUUAGAUGGAAGCACUGCCCUUCACAUUGCAGCAAUCGUUGGCAACACAGAAGCAGCAAUGAUCUUGAUUAAAAAUGACAGACGUUUGUUGGAAAUUCCAGACCAUAAAGGUGAAAUACCUUUGGAGAAAGCGUAUGAAAAUAUGCAUCUUGACACCAUCGAAUAUUUGUUGAAAGCUAUGGAUGAUGAUGGAAAACCCAAGAAACAAUCUUCUACUUUAGAGGAUUCUGUUAACCCUGGUGUGAAAGUAGGCGUUAACCUUCUUGUUAAUGCUGUUUCUGCAAAGCAGUAUGAUUUAGCAACAAAGUUAGUCAAAAAGUUUCCAAAAUUUGCUGUGGAAAAUGAUAAUGUACUGCUGGCAAUAGCUAAAACUUUUCCCAUGGGGCUGGACUACUGGGAAACACUUAUAUAUCCAAUUAAGGAUGAUAUCUUCGAAAGGAUAGUAAGGAGAAGUUGGGAAUUUGUUGAAAAAUUAGAAGAUUACUAUGAAGCUGUAACGGAACUCAUACAUGAUAUACCUGAUGACAUAAUUCUUAUUAUACCACUCGUACUACUUUUCAUCUUUGGAGGUCCAGUAUUGAUGUUUAUUUUGAUCUAUCGAUUCAUUUGCCUCCUCAUAUUGAUAGUUUAUUUCCCAUUCUUUAUGUUUUAUUUCCUCUUGUGGAACGUUGCUACAAAAGUAGUUGCACCCAUUAAGCAUAUCCAUAAGAAAAAGAAGGAAUGGGAAGAAGGAAAAGAAGUUCUAAAAUUAGUAUGUGAUGAAAUAGACAAGUUUGAGUUACCUGAUGCUCAUCCUCGCUAUUACACAAACCCGAUUCUUGAGGCUGCACGUCAAAAUGCUUAUGAGGUUGUUGCUGAGAUUUUAAUGAGAUCCCCUGAAGCAAUUCGGUAUAAAGAUAAAAAUGGGUAUGACAUCAUACAGUUAGCAGUAAUACACCGUUCAGAAAAAAUCUACAACCUUAUCGAUAUCCUUGGGGAGCGUAGGAGUGUUUAUAGAAUGAUCGAAGAUUCUUCUAAGAAUAAUAUGUUGCACUUGGUUGGAAGAUUAGCUCCUUCGCAUAAACUAAAGCUGAGAACUGGUGCAGCAUUACAACUACAAAGAGAGCUUCAAUGGCGUGAGGAAGUACAGAAGCUCGUGUUUCCAUCAUACAUUACCAGAGAAAAUAUUUUUAUGGAGACACCUGAUAUGGUGUUCACAAAGGAACAUGCCAACUUGGUAAAGGAGGGGGAAAAGUGGAUGAAAGCCGUAGCAGAAUCAUGCAGCAUCACUGCAGCACUAAUUACAACAAUUGUAUUUGCAGCAGCAAUUACCGUACCAGGUGGAAACGAUCAAACUAUAGGCACACCGUUGUUUACAGGCAAGAUUCCGUUCGCGAUCUUUGCUUUAUCAGACGCCAUCUCACUAUUUGCAUCAAGUACAUCAUUAUUAAUGUUCUUGUCCAUUCUCACUGGACGUUUUUCCGAGCAAGAUUUUCUAGUCAGUUUGCCAAGACGAUUGAUUAUUGGUCUUUGUACCUUGAUGUUGUCUACAACUACUAUGAUGGUGGCCUUUGGUGCGACCUUGUAUCUGGUAUUUUGUCAUGGAGAAGCAUGGAAUAUUGCUUUAAUAUGUGUAUUAGCUUCUGUUCCAGUUGCUUCGUUUGGUACUCUUCAAAUUCCCCUCAUAGUAGAUCUGUUUCGGUCGACAUACGUACGCACAUUUGGAAAGCCAAGCAACCACAAUAACAUUAGAUUUAAUCCGGACCACAUUCGUUUAUUUUUUGGUAAGUGAAAUGAAUAUGCAUCUUCAAACCAACAAAGAUAUAGAGGGGGUUCAAGUGAAAUCAAAGCAUAAUAUCGUGUCGAACCUCACAUAGGAGACCCAAGAUGACUAAAGCCAUUCCAUUGAUGAAAUCCUCAUAAGGAUGAAAAAUAAAGUUGUGAAACAUGUAAAUUUCGAUUUGUAACUCUAUUAUGUUGGUACUUUGGGGUUCAUAAUAGUUGUAACUUAAUUAAGCGGAGGGUGCAAUGUAUUUAAAUGUUUAAAGAAA